AUGAAUAUACCAGAGUAUCCGGCACCUCUAGAACAGGAGCCGCCCUCCACUGCUAUAAACCAUGCUUGGAAUGCGUUUGACGUUGAGAUGAUAGAAACCGAACCCGUGGUGACCACAGAUAUACUUGCUACUCUUGACGCUUCAUUAGAUCUUGGAAGUGAUCCUUUAUCUCUUUCAGAGCCAGUGGCAUUUGAAGACUGCGUAACACCAGCAUUAACUACAGACCAGCUGGACCAUGUUACUCCCCACGUACAGGAAAAUAGCUCAUCGGAUGCUCUUCCUGAUGUGGAAGUGGGAACUCCUCACCUCUUAUCCGCAUCGUGUGUAACCGUAUCCAAACAAAACAGUGAUGUCCCUAGCAGCAUAUCUAUCUGCAGUGAUUCCCAUCAAGAACCUGACCAGCCAGCGCCGCCCGGCUCAGGGAACAGUCUCUCAAGCCUUGUCGACCCCGGCCAUCGCGACAAGAAUACAGCAUUUGAACCAUGUCAUGCACUUAAUCUGGGUGAAAAUCCACGCCCAAGCGCAGCCGAUGCUCCAGGGCGGGCUGAAGAUGUCGGAACAACUAAAGAUAAUAGAGCAGCUGAGGAUGACUUAACUACAUCUAGCCGAUCUACCCAGCCGUCUAGAUGCUCUAGCCCAAAAUAUUCCGGUGGUCAAACGGCGACAGUUGUGGAUGGCGCAGUACGCUCCCCGUCGAUAGCUGUUGUGGUGCCAGCGCCUUCAUGGAAGCAAGGAAGAGUCACAAGGGCAAGCACCAGGGCCGCUGCAGCGGCGUGCAAGAAGCGGCUUCGUUCAAGUCGAGGCGGCAGCGGCAACCACGGGGAUCCGGAUGCAUCAUCCCCUAACCCGGAACGGCCAAGUCGGCGGAUAAAGCCAAGAGCUGCGGGCAAGUCUUUUUCUCAUCCGCUGGGCGAUUCAGCCCCUGCUUCGUGCCAUUGUUCCCCCGAUAUCUACGGGGUCCGCGGGAGUGCCCUCCUCACGGUCCAACAUGCUUCCAGAUUAAAACCAGCAUACUAUUUUACCUUCGUGCCCGACGCCAGUUCGAUGUCAUCUCACCCCCUUCCAGCCGAUAUCCCAGGAAAACAGAGACCGUAUUCAUCGGACGAAAAUGCGCUACUGGUGAGGCUGAAGGAAAGGGAGGGAAUGCCAUGGGCAGCGAUUGCUAAACACUUCCCUGACCGACAAGCGACAGCCCUCCAAGUCCACUACUCAACUAAAUUACGCCGCAAGGCCAGAUCUCGGUCUGGAAACAGCAAAGACGCCGAUGAGAGAAGGCCUUUACCAUCACCUUCUAAGAUGCCUACUGAUCAGUCGUUAUGCUCUGACAGUCGAACUUCGCAAUCUCAGCAUGAUCGCAGCGAGACCCAACAGCAGUCCAGGAAGGGCCUGCCAUGGUCUACGGAAGAGGUGGAUCUUCUGCUGAAGUUAAGAAGGGACGAGAAACGACCUUGGAAUCUGCGAGUAUCUCCUAAAUUUCGAGCUCGAUUCCUUUCCUUCAAAGCCUUGGGCGAUAUGGCGUCUGAUUAUGGACAAAAGAAUGGCUCCGAGAUACCUUUGAACAUCCAGUUCCGCUCAUCGGGAAACUGCGACCAGUAUGACGCAGACAAAAAACAUAAAGGCAUUCGUCACGCCAGAAUCACAUCGCGGUUGUUAUUCGACCUCUUUUGUCUUACUUGGAUUGCCCCAGUUGUCAUUUUACUCUUGUUAAAUUUCAAGAACUGGAUUAUCGGAGCUGGUGUUGCUUGUCGUAUCCCAUCUUUCAAAAACGACUGUAAUAUUUGGGGGCAAAACUCUCAGUCGCAGAUCAAGCUGAUGGACGACAAGGAUCACGAGAUAUUGGGAGCUCUACAGAUAGUUGCUAAGGCACUCGACGUCUGGUUUACUAUUGUUGUUAGUAGCCUCGUGCUGGACCUAGCUAUACUACUAGCGAAAAGUACAGGUCUUCCGAUGGGAUAUUUUAUGACCUAUAUAGAAUUCACUGACGUCACAACUCUCCUGAAUCCAACAUUCUGGAAGUCUUCGGGAAAUUUCGAAGGUCAAUCUCGCUGGCGCGAAGCAUCAAGACGUUGGGCCUUUGUUGCUUUUGUUACUAUGGCAUGUAUUGCGUCCAAUUUAAUGGGACCUGCAACCGCAGUACUCGCUAUUCCCACUCUUGGAUGGUCAGAUGACAGCGUUUCCUCCACACGGACAUUUGGGGAUAUUGCAGCUUCUGAACCGCCCAAGUAUGCCAAUAUUGCUCCUGACUGCGAAGAAUCAGCCUUAGCAGCGCGCAAUUAUACGUGCACGCUUUACUUUUCAGCGAACCUGGAUGAAAUGUUAGCCGGAGCCCGAUGGCGCAACCAGCUAUCCAAAUACAGGUACUCAGAUCAGAUAUUCGUGAUCAACAAUUUGGCCUUCAGACCAAAUAGUUCAAUCAAUGUGGACCGACAUAUAGAGAGUAUCAGAUGGACGCCUAACAGAAAGCUCGCGAAAAAAGUCAAUCGAGACUACGGCGAGGUUUUCUACUCCAAAUCCAAGGACAGCUUCCAGAAAGCGAAUGCUUCCUUAUCCCGACCUCUAGAGAAGCGAGUCUUCGACCUUUACCGAAAUUCUAUUGAUAUUGAGAUCCAUCGCAAAGGCCCCAGUCUAGGAUAUGCUGAAUCUGCAAAUUCCACUCUAAAUGAGCAGCUAGUUGAAUACACCCUCCCACAAUCGUUAUCCUUGAAUACUACAAUCUUGUGCCGACAGAACACCUAUCUCACUUUUCCCGAUUACAACAUGCGCAUAACACCAUCAGAAAUAAACAGCACUCUUGUCACGAUGGAGAUUCCUAGCAAUGUGUCGGCCAGCGGAAUAUUCUUACAUCCAGACUGGAUACUCGCCGCGUGGUCUGUGUCUCCAUCUGGUAUCGUCGAUGCCAAAAGACCAGCAGCUUCAGAUAUAAUGGUCUCACUUAAAGAGGUAGCUGAUACUCAACCACCCAAAACACAAGAAGAGCAAGCUUCACUUAAGAAAAUCAUGGACAGAUUUUUCGGUCUUCAUACCAGUGUACUCGAGCAUGCCCUGACCCUGGUUGACUAUUCUGUGCUGAAUGACACUGAGGCCUCAAAAACAAUAACCGAAGAUGCGGCGCAUCCACUACUCCCUGCGUUUAGACGGUUUCGUGUUUGGUCAUACGGAGAUAAGUCUCGCACCUUCAAACUAGGUGCUGCGGUGUCCAUAUUCGGUUGCAUCUGCGUCAUCAUCCGAACAGUGGUCAGUCAGUAUUUCCGCAUUAACCGGCCGUCCACUGUCGAAAUUGUAGCUGCAGCAUUGAAGUACACCUAUCAAGGUGAUCUUGAUGGGGUGCGAAUGUCAUCGGAAGCGGGAAAGCUUCCAUUCGGCUAUCACACCGCUGGAGAUUUAAGCCUAGUUCGCCGUUUCUAA